GCGGCGGUUAACGGCGGUCGCCGGCGGCGGGGUGCGGAGGAUGAGGUGGCGGUUGCUGUGGCUGCUCUGCGCCGCUGGCUGGGGGGGCGCCGGCGGCAAGACGCUGCGGGGCGGCUUCGGCAGCGCCGCCGCCCGGCUGGAGCCCUGGCGGCCCGUGGCGCGGUUCCAGUUCCACGGUGACCAUGCUGUUCUGUGUGUCAGAAUCAAGAACGUAGCGGUAGCUGUGACAAAAGAAGCUAGACUUCACCUGUUCCAAGCACAGGAAUGGCAGAAGCUGCAGAACAGUAUCGAAGAUCACAGCUGUACAGAGAAGUUCUCUAAAGCUCAACUGACAAUGACUGUGAACCACACAGAGCAAAAUCUGACAGUCUCACAGAUUCCUUAUCCGGAAACAUGGUAUGUGUUUUAUGUAGACAAGUUUACCUGCGAGGAGAAUUAUUCUGAAUCCGAGGAUAUUCAGUUUGAAAUGGUCUUACUAAACCCAGAUGCAGAAGGGAAUCCAUUAGAUCACUUUAGCGCAGGGGAAUCUGGAUUACAUGAAUUCUUUUUCCUGCUUGUCCUAGCGUACUUCGUAACUGCUUGCAUAUAUGCACAGUCCUUAUGGCAAACUAUUAAGAAGCGUGGACCUAUGCAUACUGUAUUAAAGGUGUUGACAAUUGCAUUACUGUUGCAGGCUGGUUCAGCUUUUGCCAACUACCUGCAUUUCUCAAGUUAUUCUAAAGAUGGAAUAGGAGCACCUUUUAUGGGAAGUCUGGCAGAAUUGUGUGACAUAAUCUCACAGAUACAAAUGUUGUAUUUAUUGUUGAGUCUGUGUAUGGGUUGGACGAUAGGCAGAAUGAAGAAAUCUCAGGGCAGACCUCUUCAGUGGGAUUCCACUCCAACAUCUACUGGCAUUGCUGUAGUAGUUGUUGUUACACAGAGCUUUUUGUUAAUUUGGGAACAGUUUGAAGAUACAAAUCACCACAGCUACCAUUCACACCAUGGUUUAGCAAGCGGACUGCUUAUUGGCCUCAGAGUUUGCCUAGCUUUGUCACUGGCUGCUGGUCUUUACCAGAUCAUCACGGUGGAGAGAAGCACGCUGAAAAGGGAGUUCUAUAUCACCUUUGCCAAAGCCUGCAUUCUCUGGUUUUUGUGCCACCCAUGUCUUGCAACCAUUGCUAUAUUAUUCAGAGAAUAUCAAAGAGAAAAGAUUAUUACCAUAGGCGUUAUCCUCUGUCAGUGCAUCUCCAUGGUUAUCCUCUACAGACUCUUUCUAUCUCAUAGUCUAUAUUGGGAAGUAUCUUCACUGUCAUCAGUGACAUUGCCACUAACAGUAUCCUCUGGACAUAAAAAUCGACAUCACUUCUGAGAUGUUUAGGAAGAAUAAAUUAUGUAAUGAAUGUGCAAUAAUGACUUAAAUAUACAGGUAUUUUUGUCACAGGUAUGUGAUACGUUGGUUUCACUGUAAAACUGAAUGAUAAUAUCAGAGCACUUCACAGACCUUUGGUCUGACAAACUCCCUAGAUUAAUCUGUUAAAAGCAUUGUGGGGUGGAAAAAUCCAUAAUUUGAAUAAUUUUAUAAUUAUUCUGUAUGUCUGGCAUGUGGUGCUGAGCUGUAUCACAGGAAAGUACAACGAAUCUUUUCUCUCCCAUUCGCAGACACAAAAAAAUGUCCUUACUUUGUAUCAAUACUAGGUUUGAAGGUCUUAUAAAAUGCAGUUCUUAAAACAUCUACAAGCUCAAACAAGUCUGAAAUAGGCCAGUUGUGAAAUUGGUGUGAUGCGUAACGUUGAAUACAAGUUCUUUUAUUUUCAUGCUUUAGAGAAAAUGCAUUUUAUGUGUAAGUAUAAAAGAAGGGGAAAUAAAAGAAGAGUCCUCUAGAAAACACAUGUAAAAUGUUCACAGCUGACUGAGAGAAACUUUCCUUUAUUAUUACUGUAAAAGAAAAGCCUUUUUUGCAACUAAUAUUCAUACUGGUUAAAAUUCUAAUGGGAAUGAAAAUAGGGUUUAUAUCUGCCUUUUUUUUUUUUUAAAUGUAACAAAAUUUCAUCCAGUAAUGAAGGUCUAAACAGUAUUUGAGGCUUAGAAUACAUAGCAACAUAAAGGUAAUUAAAACAGCAGGCUUGCAUUUUUUAAAGAAAAAAAAAAAGGCAAAGAAAAUGGAAUGGGUGAUGUGGUACUAGAAUUUUAAUCCUGAUAUAAUUCAUUUCUGUUACAUUGAGGAUUCAAUCAUAAUUAAGCCAUAUACACAGAUUAAAUUAACAGAAGCAUUUCAAAUAAAUGUUGGUUUCAGUCAUCAACUACCCAUGAAUUCCUGCCCAAGGAUACUUAAUCAGGAUUAAAUUUUCUAUGAAUAAUUGAAAAACAAAAUACUCACUGGAUUUGUUAUAAUCCAUGUUGGCACUGGGUUCUAAGUAGUUGCCAUCUUCCAUCCAUUGUAAUAAAGCCAUACUACUUUGUGAUGCCCUAGCAUUCAGAAAGCCAGUGUAAAUAUAUACUUUGUUGAAGUGCCUAUUUAUUGAGUGUGAUUAAAUCAUGCUGACAUUUUUUUUCAUUCAUAAUAACAACAUAACCUAUUGCCAUUGUGACUGAAAUAGUUCUUUUUGGAUUUAGUUUAGUGUUUGUCAAAUUUUAGGCUUCCUUUCAUAUGUGUGUGUUUCUCCACAACAUGGAUUCUGUUUUCUAGUGAAUGAACGUGUGUUUCUUCUUAACAGUGUGUAUUUAAUUAUGUCUCCAUGAAAAUACGAAGACACUGGGGUUCUAGCUUUAAAAUAGCCCUGACUUUUCUCUUCCUGUUUGCCUCAGUUGUGAGCAUAGUUGAAACAUAAGUCUAUUACAUUUUAGUUUAGAGGCAAAACUAGACAUUUGCCUUUCACUAAGGCAAAAUGGCAACAUGACAAAGUUGCUCAUUAAAUCAUCUCCUUUCUUAUUGUUUGUAAUUCAGAUCAAGAAUGGCAGGUUGAGGCUGGAAAAGAUGAGAUAUUAUGAUU